UAUUACGAAAAUUAUUACACCAAAGAAGCAUUCCAAUCAAGGCAAAAGGAAACAGAACAAAUUCUCAUAUUGUCAUACUCCAUUGCAAAUGAAAGACGAUUUUGAUUGUAUGUUGUCGUUAAAAACGUAUUUUCUCAUACGAAAAUUCUUCAGUAUUUUUAAUGUAAAUCAGCUGCAAGCAAAUCCCCAAUUACUAGCGAGACAAUGAGUAUACAGGAUGAAAGUUUUCCCUACGACAAUUUGGAGAUGUCACAAAAUUCCGGAGAUCAUAUGAUAUUCGCACAUCAUAAGCCACCAUUGAAAAGAAUUUAUAGUCAUGAUCUGGAAGAUGGCGGUGUGGAGGAGAAUAAUGAAGAAUCGACUGUGUCGUCGCCGGGACGCAAUCAACAAAAUGAUUCAACACAAUCCUCCAAUGAUGAUGGACCCAUCGAAGCCGAGACAAGUGGCAAAACAAAUGCUAGCGAAACACAAGCCACCGAAACCAAGAGGACCGAAUUUGUACGCAAUCCCCAAAACAAAUCCGUUUCAUAUCAAGACAUCCACUCGGAAUAUACGAAACGUCGCUAUAAACAUGUUGAAAGUAAGGUGGGUCAAUAUAUUGCCAAUAUAAAGGCACAAGAUGAAAAACGUCGUUCAGGAAAAUUUCAACGACAUCGUUCCAUGCCCGAGACAUUGAGUGGCCACAAAUCUGUCGAGUCCGUUCAAGGUUUACGCAAUGUUCCACAAAAACGUGGCAUACUUCGGCACAGUACCAAUGAUUUGGAUCACAUACAUGAUCAUGAAUCGGCCAUAAGUGAUCAUGAUACGGAAAAUUUUGAUAAUAUAACUGGUACCACAACAACAUCAUCUUCCAGUCGGGAAAUCCAACAAGAUGCUGGCAUCUAUUUGGACAAACAAACCUAUGAACAGUUGCUGAGCGAUCGUGAACGCGGCGAAUAUCUGCAAUCAAUGAUGGAUGAGAAAAAGGCCGAAAUUUGGCGUUUGAAACAAAAUUUGGAUACAAUGCGCAUUGAGUAUACUAUGUGUAAGGAUAAACUCAAGCAAAUGAAUCAAACUCAUCGGCUGUCAUUGGGUGGUAUGGGAGGAGGAGGAGGAGGAGCAGGAGUGGGAUUUGGUCUAAAUGCCAUGACAAGUGUAAGCCGAAACUCUUUGCAAUGCUUGUUGGCCCAACAAGAAACUCAUGAUAAGGCCACACAAACGGAAAAUCUAUUGACACCAUCACCUGUGCCUCCAUUGUUUGAUACUCCACUUACACCGGAUCCCAAUAAUAAUUCCUUUGAUCACAAUGCCGUGGGUGUUAUGGCCCCGGCUCAUUUGAAGGUGCCCAAAAAUAUUGCCACCAUACAACCAUUAUCGUUGAAUUUUAGUAAUCUAUUGGAACAGGAUAAUAGCCGUGAUUGUAGUAUAAACAAUACAAUGGGUUUCCUACGACAACGCUCCAACUCAAUGGCAAAUCGCCAAAAAUCCACCCCCUUGGCCAUGGCUUUAAAUAAUUCGAAAAACAUGAACUCCUCAGCCAACAAAAGUUUCAUACCCAAUUCGGAAAGUGGCAUUGAUAUUGAAGUGAUUGAAUCACCACGCAAACAAAGACAAAGUCGUCGUGAAGAAUUCAUAUAUUUUGAAAAUCGUUCACAGCGUAACAAGAAUCAGAGACGUGAUUUGGCCGAAGCUGAGACCAUCUGUUCACCCGGUGGUCUAACAACAAUGAUUGUCAACACCAGUGCUGGUGAUAGUGAUGCAGAUGCCAGUCGAAAGACACACAAUCGCCGUAGUCUAGGGACACGUAUGAUGCGUCUCUUUGGUGCCUGUACCAAAUGUGAGGAUCCGAAUAGAACAAUGGACACAACACUGGAUCCAUCACAACAUCAAUCGUACUCACAGAUUCCACUGUUGGAGAAAAGUCGUACAAAUCGUCGUCCGAAUUUACGUUAAAUAUCGUAGGGAAUUUUUUUUCAUCAUUUUGUCGUGUAAGUUUCUUAAACUUUUCUUCGAGGAAAAGUUUGGUAAACUUGAUAUUUGAUAAUUUGUUUUGAUUUUGGAUAUUUAAUUUGUUCUAAUUUGUUGGACUAUUGUCCUGUUUUCUGCUUUCUGUUCUGUUUCUAUUUUUUUUAAAUUAUUUCGUUUGAUUUUUUUUUGUGUAUUUAUGCACAACAUUAUUUAUUUAUAUAUAUGUUUAUUAUUUCUUAUUAUUCUCUUUUGAUUUAAAUAUAUUUAUUUUUCGUUCUACAAAAAACCAAAUUUUUUUAGUUAAGGAGAGCAGGUGGUUCCCUAUGGUGUUCUAUAAGAAUAUUGGUCUUGGGUUCAUCAGAUGAUUUACAGAAGAACGAAAAGCUAUUGCCCUUUAUAAGUGGUCCACAUAACUCGUUUUGUAGGUUUUUUAUACGAUGAAUUUCUAUAGAAAGAUUACAUUAUCGUUUAGAGAUGAGCAAAGUUUUGGACUUUUAUUAGAAGGCCUUUUUUUUUGGUUCUCUUAAAGAAAACACUGCUUUGGUCUUCUUUUGCAAGAAGGCCAUUAUUGUAUUUUAGGCAUUUUUUUUUUGAAGAUGGCUAACUUUUUGGAAAAUAUUCUAUUUUUACCCUCCAAUAUACCCUCCAUAUAUUAAGUUUGACAAAGUAUAUAUAUUCUGGAUCAGCAUAAAAUUCGAGGUCGAUUUAGUGAUGUCCGUCCGUCUGUGGAAAUCACUCUAGCUUCCGAACGAAAUGAAGCAGGUUGAUAACUUUUUACUCAAAUGUAUAACAUGUCUGCAGGACUUUAGGUAUUGAAAAUGGGCCAUGUAGGCCCACGUUUUGGUAUAGCCCUGAUAUAAUGACACCUCCCGAUGUUCGGUAUUUUGAUGAUUUUAGCGACAUUAUUUACCGGAAUUCUUUCAAAUUUGGUAUUUGAAGUUCGUAAUGGAUACUACAGUCUGUGACAGAAAAUUGUCUGUAUAAGUCCAUGUCUUCGUAUAGUUUCCAUACAACGGCAUCUCCCGAUAUUCGGUAUUUUGACGAUUUUAACUACAUUAUUCACCGGAAUUGUUUCAAAUUUGGUAUUUGGAGUUCGUAGUGGAUACGACAGCCUAGGACAGAAAAUUGUCUAUGCAGGUCCACGUCUUCGUGUAGCCUCCAUAUAACGGCAACUCCCGAUAUUCGGCAUUUUGAUGAUUUUAGCGACAUUAAUCGCCGGAAUUGUUUCAAAUUUGGUAUUUAAAGUUCGUAAUGGAUACUACAACCUAUGACAGAAAAUUAUAUGUAUAGGUCCAUGCCUUCGUAUAGCCCCCACAUGACGGCAUCUCCCAAUAAUCGGUAUUUUGAUGAUUUUAGCGACAUUAUUCACCGGAAUUGUUUCAAAUUUGGUAUUUGAAGUUCGUAAUGGAUAUUACAACCAGAAAAUUGUCCGUGCAGGUCCAGGCCACUGUAUAGUCCCCAUAUAAAUUUACCUACCGAUAUUCAGUAUUUUGAUGAUUUUAGCGACAUUAUUCACCGGAAUUGUCUCAUAUUUUGUACAGCCUAUGACAGAAAAUUGUCUGUACAGGUCCACGUUUUGGUAUAGCAUUUGAAUAUUGUAAUGGCUUAUGACAACAGUUGCGUAUGCAAGUCCACAACGUUAUAUAAUGUGCGUGAAGAUAAAAUCGAUUUUAACUAGCGAAGACAACACCCAGUCUGGGCGCACUUUCUGUUGUAUAACAGUGUAUAACAGAUAUGCGGAAAAUAAAAACGAUUUUGGUAGGGGUAAAAUAAAAACGAUUUUUGAAGAUGCGAAACAAAAAUGCAUUUUUUUUAAAUUUGUAUUUAUUCUUGUUUGUACCUGAUAAUGAACAUAAUUAUAAGUAUAAAAAAAUAAAAUAACUAAUUUAAAGGUAUUUCAAUAAAAAACUUUCGUCAUCA